CCAACAUGUAUUGAAAGAACAAAUCGUAGUAAAUUGUUUUUGCAAAAGUUAAACAAAUAUAAUUAAUAAAUACUAAACUAAUAAAAUACCAAACAAAUUCCAACAAUAUGGAACUUGAUAGUCCAGAUGUGGAGAAAGAAUUUCCCGGCUUAUAUGCCUCUGAAGGGGUUGAAGGUGGAAAAUCUAAGAAAAGCAAAGAUGAAAGUGAUUAUAGUGAAGGUGAUCAUGAUAAAGUUAGCAAGAAAGAUUUACUGAUUGGUCGCCGCAAGGAUAAAAAGGAUAAAAGUAAAGAUAGAGGUUAUGCGGCUUUAGAAGGAGAGAGUUCCCCCGAAGAGGAACUUGAUGCCAAAAGUCCUUCCAAAUCUAAAAAAUCCAAAGCAUUUAAAUUUACUUCUUCUAAAUCGAAGGAUAAACGUGAAAAAUCUCGUGACAAAGAAAAACUCGACAAGGAUCAAAAGGAUGAGGAAAAAAUAAAGGAGAAGGGAGACAAAAGCGAUAAGGAUAAACAUGGUGAGAAGGAAAAGGACAAAGAAAAAGACAAGGAUAAGGAGCACAAGAAAAAGGAUAAAGAUAAGAAAGAUAAAGAUAAAAAGGAUAAAUCUAAGGAUAAAGACAAAGAUAAGGAACGCAAGGAUAAGAAAGAUAAAGCUAAACAACAGACCAGCAUUAGUUCGGAAGAAGUACUUGAGUUGGGUUCGCCUGUAUUUGGUGUAUCGGUUAGUUUGGCCACUGAACGCAGUCGUUGUCAUGAUGGCAUUGAAUUGCCAUUAGUUGUACGCGAUUGUAUAGAUUAUUUGCAGGAAUAUGGACUAAAAAGUGAACAAAUCUAUCGUGUAGAACCAAUGAAGACCAGACUUUUGCACUUUAAACGUCUGUACAAUAGUCGAGAACGUCAGCCAGAAACUGAUGUCUUGGAUAUACCCACAGCUUGUGGUUUAUUAAAGUUGUUCAUAAAGGAACUACCCGAACCCAUUUUAACCACUGAUUUAAUUGCUCGUUUUGAGGAAGUAGCUUCUCAUCCGCAAGUCACUAAACAGCAAGAAGAACUCGAACAACUUUUAGAACAAUUGCCUAGUUGCAAUAAAGUCUUACUCUCUUGGAUACUUAUACACUUUGAUUCGGUCAUACAGCAGGAAAAGAGCAACAAAAUGAAUGCCCAAUCAUUAGCCAUGCUAUUAAGUCCACCUUUACAAAUGUCUCAUCGUUUAUUGGUGACAUUAUUGUGUCACUGUUCAACAUUGUUUGCCGACAUAAAGCUCGUAAAAUAUGUACCGCCCUUAACAUCCUCCAGUCCUAAAUUACCCGAUACUCCCGAAGAAAUCCAUAAAGAGUUGCGCAAACAAGACAGUUUACUCAACCAAAUACAUUCGGAAAUGAAUGCUGGUUUUGUAUCAAAAAAACGAGAAGAACAAUUGUGGGAAGUACAAAGAAUUAUAACACAACUUAAAAGAAAAUUGAAAACUUUUGAAAAGAAACAAGAAAAAUCGAUUGAAGAACUUGAAACAAGUUUAAGCACAGAUGUUACGGAUUCAGCAACGAAAAUUGGUAAAAAUUUAGCAACAGAAGAUGAAAUCAAAGUUUCUACACAACAAAACGAUCAAAAUUCUAGCAACGAUUUAAAAUAUAACGCACAUGAUUUGGUUAAUGAAGCAAAAGAUGAGGAGGCCAUUACCAAUAACAACAACCCAACUAUUUCGCCCUCAUUCCCCACCAACAUACAAGAAACGGAUGGUUUAUAUUUGGAUGAAGAAACUGGUUUGUUAAUGGUUGCUAAAACUCAUCCCGAUUAUGCCACUUUAUUGCGUCUACAAUUGGAAAAUCAAGAACUAUUAGCCUGGAAAACACAAUUACAAACUCGUAUAAGUUCAGAACGUGCAGAAAUUUUACGCUUAAAACAAUUGCAACAACAAAUGGCCAAUAAAUUAGCACAGCAAAAUGGUGGUGGUGGUACUAAUAAUACACAGAAUGCACCACCACCAGCCGAAGAAGAUUACGAACGUAUUGUAGAACAUUUUAUACGAGAAAAUGCUCUACUCGAACAUAAGCGACAAAUGUUGGCUAAAGAGAUUUUUGAAGAAAACAAACAGUGUAUAGCUUAUCAAGUGGAAUUGGCCAUGCAGAAAUUUUAAAAACCCACUUUUUUUUCAAAUUUAUUUAAUUAAUAUAUGUAUUAUUUUUUCCAAAAAAGAAAUGCAGCUUUUAGCGCAUUUAGUUGCUAAACAAAAUUUAUAAAUACUCUCUCUCUUUCUCUUAUAUAUUUAAUUGUUAUUUUUUUCACUUUAUUUAAAUUAAAACAAAAAAGUAUUAAUCAUAUUUAUCUAUUUACUAUAUUCGUAAUGUGUUAUAUUAACCACAUUGUAACAUUUUGAGCUCUUAAUGAACAAAUAAAACAUUUAAAUCAUGGCA